AGCAGGAGGAAACGCGACCCUCUCGGGGCCAGGCGCGGUGCUCGAGCGGCAGGAAGGGCGGGAGCCGAUUUCCCCCUCUGGGUGGUGCCAGUCCCCACCUCAGUGGUCCUUGGACCGGCGGACUGGGCGGACGGAGGGCGCGCGUGAUAGACAGACACGUGCUGGGACCAGCAGGGGAACGUCUCAGCCUGGUUGCCUUGCCGCGCCUCCCGCCUGGACGCGCCCGGGCCGCUCCAGGCGGCGCGCGCCAAUGCCCGGCUGAGUCACGGGCCGGGCAGCGCGCGGGUGGGAAGGGGGCGGAGGAAGCGCGGCAGGCGGGCGGGCGGGGUGCUCGGCUCGGCCCGACCGCAGGUGACUCGGAGGUCCUCGCCGUCCGCAGCGCCCGGAGCGUUUUGUGACCAGAUGCGGAGCCCCGUGAAGGGAGCGAGCCAGAUGCGGUGCGACAGCUGACUUCCUAGCGAGGAGGCGGGGAGUCGCGGAGUGCGCUGGUGAUCCCUGCGCGGCUGACUUAUCCGCGGGUUCCUGAGCAGUGCAAGAUAAACUAUUCACAAUGAGGGCCCCUGCCGCACUUGCACCUGGCAUCCUUGUGCUCCUGUUUACCUUGGUGCAGAAGAGUGAUGGGGAGUGUAAAGAGGCACUAGCGAAGUCCAAGAUGAAUGUGAAUAUGAAGUAUCAGCUUCCCAACUUCACUGCGGCAACGCCCAUCCAGAAUGUCGUUUUACAUAAGCAUCACAUUUACCUCGGUGCUAUUAACAGCAUUUAUGUAUUAAAUGACAAAGAUCUUCAGAAAGUGGCUGAGUACAAGACUGGGCCUGUGGUGGAACACCCCGAUUGUUUCCCAUGUCAGGACUGCAGCAGCAAAGCCAAUUUAUCAGGUAGCACUUGGAGAGAUAACAUCAACAUGGCUCUGCUUGUUGACACGUACUAUGAUGACCAACUCAUUAGCUGUGGCAGUGUCAACAGAGGGACCUGCCAGCGGCACGUCCUUCCACCCGGUAAUACUGCUGACAUACAGUCGGUGGUCCAUUGCAUGUACUCCCCACAACCGGAUGAAGAGCCCAGCCAGUGUCCUGACUGUGUGGUGAGCGCCCUGGGAACCAAAGUCCUAUUGACUGAAAAGAACCGGUUCAUCAACUUCUUUGUGGGCAAUACCAUCAAUUCUUCCUACUUUCCAGAUCAUUCAUUGCAUUCAAUAUCAGUGAGAAGGCUCAAGGAAACACAAGAUGGUUUUAAGUUUCUGACAGACCAAUCCUAUAUUGAUGUCCUACCUGAGUUCCGAGAUUCUUACCCCAUUAAGUAUAUCCAUGCCUUUGAAAGCAAUCAUUUUAUUUACUUUUUGGCGGUCCAACGGGAAACUCUAGAUUCUCAGACUUUUCAUACAAGAAUAAUCAGAUUCUGUUCUGUAGACUCUGGAUUGCAUUCCUACAUGGAAAUGCCUCUUGAGUGUAUUCUCACUGAAAAGAGAAGAAAGAGAUCCACAAGAGAGGAAGUGUUUAAUAUUCUUCAGGCUGCAUAUGUCAGUAAACCUGGGGCCCAUCUUGCUAAGCAAAUAGGUGCCAGCCCAAAUGACGACAUUCUUUAUGGGGUGUUUGCACAAAGCAAGCCAGAUUCUGCCGAACCAAUGAAUCGAUCCGCCAUCUGUGCAUUCCCUAUCAAAUACGUCAACGAAUUCUUCAACAAGAUCGUCAACAAAAACAAUGUGAGAUGUCUCCAGCAUUUUUAUGGACCCAACCAUGAACACUGCUUUAAUAGGACACUUUUGAGAAAUUCAUCAGGCUGUGAAGUGCGCAGUGAUGAAUAUCGAACGGAAUUUACCACAGCUUUGCAGCGUGUUGACUUAUUCAUGGGCCAGUUCAACCAAGUCCUCUUAACAUCUAUAUCCACCUUCAUUAAAGAAGACCUCACUAUUGCUAACCUCGGGACGUCAGAGGGUCGCUUCAUGCAGGUUGUGGUCUCUCGAUCGGGAUUGUCAACCCCUCACGUGAAUUUUCGCCUGGAUUCCCAUCCUGUGUCUCUAGAAGCGAUUGUGGAGAACCCAUUAAACCAAAACGGCUACACUCUGGUUGUCACUGGGAAGAAAAUAACCAAGAUCCCACUGAAUGGCUUGGGCUGUGGUCACUUUCAGUCCUGCAGUCAGUGUCUCUCCGCCCCACCCUUUGUGCAGUGUGGCUGGUGCCAGGACAAAUGUGUGCAAGCGGAGAAGUGUCCCAGUGGGACAUGGACCCAGGAGAUCUGUCAGCCCACAAUUUAUGAGGUUUUCCCAACCAGUGCGCCCCUUGAAGGAGGGACAAUGCUGACCGUCUGUGGCUGGGACUUUGGAUUCAGGAGGAAUAAUAAAUUGGAUUUAAAGAAAACCAGAGUUCUCGUUGGAAAUGAGAGCUGUACCCUGACCUUAAGUGAGAGCACAACAAAUGCGUUGAAAUGCACAGUUGGUCAUGCAAUGAAUGAACAUUUUAAUAUGUCCAUAAUUAUUUCAAAUGGUCGAGGGACAGCGCAAUAUAGUACAUUUUCCUAUGUGGAUCCUCUAAUAACAAGUAUUACUCCAAGUUAUGGUCCUAAAGCUGGUGGCACUUUACUUACUUUAAGUGGAAAGCACCUAAACAGUGGCAAUUCUAGACACAUUUCAAUUGGUGGAAAAACAUGUACUUUAAAAAGUGUGUCAAAUAGUAUUCUCGAAUGUUAUACCCCCGCCCAAAUCAUUUCAACUGAGUUUCCUGUUAAAUUGAAAAUUGACUUAGCUAACCGAGAGGCCUCCAGCUUCAGUUACCGAGAAGACCCUAUUGUCUAUGAAAUUCAUCCAACCAAAUCUUUUAUCAGUGGUGGAAGCACAAUAACAGGUGUUGGAAAAAACCUGAAUUCAGUUAGUGUCCCAAGAAUGGUCAUAAAUGUCCAUGAAGCAAGAAGGAACUUUACAGUGGCAUGUCAGCAUCGUUCUAAUUCAGAGAUAAUCUGCUGUACAACUCCUUCACUGCAACAGCUGAAUCUGCAACUUCCCCUUAAAACCAAAGCCUUUUUCAUGUUAGAUGGGAUCCAUUCCAAUUACUUUGAUCUCAUUUAUGUACAUAAUCCUGUGUUUAAGCCUUUUGCAAAGCCAGUGAUGAUCUCAAUGGGCAAUGAAAAUGUACUGGAAAUUAAGGGAAAUGACAUUGACCCUGAAGCAGUGAAAGGUGAAGUGUUAAAAGUUGGAAAUAAGAGCUGUGAGAACAUCCACUCUCAUUCUGAAGCCGUUUUAUGUACAGUCCCCAAUGACCUGCUGAAAUUGAACAGUGAGCUAAAUAUAGAGUGGAAGCAAGCAGUUUCUUCAACUGUCCUCGGAAAAGUAAUAGUUCAACCAGACCAGAAUUUCACAGGAUUGAUUGUUGGUGUUGUCACAAUAUCAAUUAUACUCUUAUUAUUACUUGGGCUUUUCCUGUGGCUAAAAAAGAAAAAGCAAAUUAAAGAUCUGGGCAGUGACUUAGUUCGCUAUGAUGCAAGAGUACACACUCCUCAUUUGGAUAGGCUUGUAAGUGCCCGAAGUGUAAGCCCAACUACAGAAAUGGUUUCAAAUGAAUCUGUAGACUACCGAGCUACUUUUCCAGAAGACCAAUUUCCUAACUCAUCUCAGAAUGGAUCAUGCAGACAAGUGCACUAUCCUCUGACGGACCUCUCCCCCAUUCUAACUAGUGGGGACUCUGAUAUAUCUAGUCCAUUACUGCAAAAUACUGUCCACAUUGACCUCAGUGCUCUAAAUCCAGAGCUGGUCCAAGCUGUCCAGCACGUAGUAAUUGGGCCCAGUAGCCUGAUUGUGCAUUUCAAUGAAGUCAUAGGAAGAGGGCAUUUUGGGUGUGUAUAUCAUGGGACUUUGUUGGACAGUGAUGACAAGAAAAUUCACUGUGCUGUGAAAUCCUUGAAUAGAAUCACUGAUAUAGGAGAAGUUUCCCAGUUUCUGACUGAAGGGAUCAUCAUGAAAGACUUUAGUCAUCCCAAUGUUCUCUCGCUCUUGGGAAUCUGCCUUCGAAGUGAGGGGUCUCCCCUGGUGGUCCUACCAUACAUGAAACAUGGAGAUCUUCGAAAUUUCAUUAGAAAUGAGACUCACAACCCAACUGUAAAAGAUCUCAUUGGCUUUGGUCUUCAAGUAGCCAAAGGCAUGAAAUAUCUUGCAAGCAAAAAGUUUGUCCACAGAGACUUGGCUGCAAGAAACUGUAUGCUGGAUGAAAAAUUCACUGUUAAGGUGGCUGACUUUGGUCUUGCCAGAGAUAUGUACGAUAAAGAAUACUAUAGUGUGCACAACAAAACAGGUGCCAAACUGCCAGUGAAAUGGAUGGCUUUAGAAAGUCUGCAAACUCAGAAGUUUACCACCAAGUCAGAUGUGUGGUCCUUUGGAGUGCUUCUCUGGGAACUGAUGACAAGAGGAGCACCACCUUAUCCCGACGUAAACACCUUCGACAUCACAGUUUACCUAUUGCAAGGCAGAAGGCUCUUACAGCCUGAAUACUGCCCAGAUCCCCUGUAUGAAGUCAUGCUAAAAUGCUGGCACCCUAAAGCCGAAAUGCGCCCAUCCUUCUCUGAACUGGUCUCCAGGAUAUCAGCAAUAUUCUCUACUUUCAUCGGGGAGCACUAUGUCCACGUGAACGCUACGUACGUGAACGUAAAAUGCGUCGCUCCGUAUCCUUCUCUCUUGUCACAAGAUGACGUUGACGGCGAGGUGGACACCUGAAGGAGACACCACCAGCCUUGCUCCAGAAACAGCAGAGUCAUAGUUCAAACAACAGUCCACACUUCUACCGAUGUAUUUUUCACUGUCUGGCUUUUGAAAGGCCAUCCGACAUUUUCUGCUGUUGCCAAAAUUGCACUACGACAGAAUUUUACGUUGUUAUUUAAAAUGACUGGAAUUCCUCGUCUGACAAAGCAUCUGAAUCAGCUCCUGGAACCAGAGGCUUGGUCCCCCAGGGCAGUGCCCAUCAGCAGUGCUGCAAACUGCAAUGACACUCCUGUCACAUUGGAGGCCAAAACCUGAAUUCUGGGUUGAAAUGUAAAAAAAAAAAAAAAAAAAAAGGCAGGGUCUCAACUGAUUUCAUACAAGGAACGGAGGCUAUGCAUUUUGAGGGCUUCUUGAUCACAGGAAAUUCAGAAGAGGUGGCGAUGUCCAGGAUGACCAUGCCAGCUCCAGGACCAGGCCACUCACUCAGAAAGACUAGAAAGUCUUUCAAAGAACUUUUUUGUGUUGUAUGGUCACUAGCAUUUUUCAUCACUAAUGUUGUCAUUCAUCCACUUGGCAAACAUUCCCUUUUAAAUGUUUGUGUACACAUUCCUUUUAUUGGAGGAACAUCCAUAGACAAUGCAAAGUUUCAAAAUAGCGUGACACAAAAUGUGUUUAUAAAUUAAUAGGGAUAUUUGCAUAUUGUACAUAGAAAACAUUAAGAAUGCUUUCAUAAAAUAGCAUAGUCAUGAUGAAAUAUUUCGUUGCCAUUUAAAAAUCAACUGUUAAGAAAUAAUACUGUUCUGAUCUGAGGAAUAUGGACAUUUAGAUGUUUCAUCUGUAUUUUUUUUCCUCUAAAUGACAAUUCUGAAAGUAAAACAAGUAAUUUGUGAUAAUAAAUAUUUUUUAAGGUAACUCAGCAUGUUUUUACAGCAGAAUACAUCCGACUGAGAGGUUUACUCAUUCCAGUUACUGCCCCGUAUGUAAAGCAAAGGAAGGAUGGAUGUACUGGAAAUAUUAGCUUCUCUUUCAGGUGGCAGCUUCCCACCCCACAAAUUAUUGGAGACAAUAGAACUUUUGAUGGGUCCACUUUUGCAUUAGGACAUUGAGAAAUGAACAAAAUUAAAAAGGCAAUUGAAAGCUCUAACCAUUUCACUUGGAUACACAGUAUUUCUGGGCAGGACUUUUGUGGUGUUUUCUUCUGUGGAAUUUUGUGCUUACUACUGUAGAGUGCAUGUGGCAUAGAAUACUCUGGUUUUGUCCAUGUAAACAUUUAAAGUAUUAUAUUUUUAUAAAAAAUGUUUAUUUUUAAUGAUACAAGCAAAGUUUUGUUAGGCCACAAAAAUACUGCACUGUGAACAUUUCAAAAAAGGUAUUCAGAUUUGGAUUAACAACUGUAUGAUUUUAAAUGGCUGUAAAUAGUGAUAAGGAAACAUACUGAUUGCCAGUACACCCCACCCUCAUUACAUCACCGUGACUUGAAGCCAGGGGUUAAUGCAGCAAGCUAGAAAAAGGGUGUGUUACCUCUGAAACCGAAGAGUGGAGCAUAACUGUUGUCCGAAGAGAAUGCUUACGACUAAAAGCUCUUUGGUAAUGGUGGGACCUACCAGAAGACACAAGGAAUUGUGCUGCAGAGACAUUUCAUUUCAAAUAUUACCAUUUCUAAGUGUAAAGAGUAAUACUGAUUCAGGGCAUAUUGUAAAUUGUGAAUGACCAAAAAAAAAAAAAAAAUCUGCUCUGCAGAAGUAACUACCCCUACCCAUGUCAAGAGAAUGUAUGCAUCAA